AUGACACAGCAGGAAGACAAGGCGCCAGUUCCACGGAACAAGGACAACAAGUGCUCGGGACCCUUCAAAAUCAGCGACAAUCCCCCACACUACGUCUCAGCAGUCGAGUAUACCGACAUCCCCGAGAUGGUCCGGGUGAUCAACCUCGACAAAGAUAUCUACAACGGCACUGCAUCCUUCCAAUACCCAUACCUCGAAUCCCACGCCCGUACCCGUCUCGAGAACGCCUUUAUCCGAGAUAACCAGUCUGGGUACACCAGUUGCUGGGCCAUGCGAUCCUCGCCCGACGGUCAAAUGAUCGGCUGGAUCCACGCACAUUUCUUACCUGAGGACUCGGGCACGAGAGUCCACCCGGAGUCAGGAAGAGAACUCAAGGUUGGCGCCAUUGGGUACUGGGUCAGUCCUGAACAUACCGGCAAGGGACAUGCAUCAAGAGCCGCGCGAUGGGUAGUGCAGGAAUACUUGUUCAAGGAGCGGGGUUCUGAUAUUGUGAGGGCCGAGGCAUAUACCCACAAUGUGCCGAGUCGGAAGGUGUUGGAGGCCGCCGGGAUGGAGUGUGAGGUCGAGGAAUGGACGGUGUUUAUUCCAAAGUUGCAGAAGAAGAUGGUUAUCUGUUGUUAUGCGAUCCAUUGGGACGACGCUACCAGGAGUGUUGUUACCGACAAGACAAGAGACCCCUGA